CCCCGGCCUCUGAGCGGGACUCUGCCCGGCGGGGAGCGCCUGUGGCCGGCCUGCGGUGCCGCUGCGGCUCGGAGCGGCGGAGCGGGAGCAGCUGCAGGCGGAGGUGCAAGUGUUUGUGUAGAUGUGCCUCCCGCCGACCGUCUGGAGGAAGUUGCCUCGGCCUGGUGCAUCAUGGGAUCUGUGGUCCUCUCCGUGCUCCUACUCUUCGUCUCCCUGGUGACGGUUCGUCCUGCAGGUGGCGCUGUGCUGUGUCCUCUGCAAUGUGUGUGUGAGACGCGCCCCUGGUACACUCCUCAGUCAGUGUAUCACCAGGCGAGGACGGUCGACUGCAACGAGCUCCACCUGCAGAGAGUCCCAGCCAACAUCUCUGCUGACACACAGUUGCUGCUGCUGCAGAGCAACAACAUCUCCUCCAUCACCACUGAACUGCAGAGUCUGACCAACCUGACGGAGCUCGACCUGUCGCAGAACCACUUCACACAGGUGAGCUCCAUGGGUCUGUCCUCUCUGGGCCGCCUGGUCACUCUGUACCUGGAGGAGAACCACAUCGAGGAGCUGGAGGACUUCAGCCUGAGGAACCUGUCCAGCCUAGAAGAGCUCUACAUCAACCACAACCGCAUCUCCUCCAUCGGACCCAAAGCCUUCGCUGGCCUCACCAACCUGCUGCGGCUCCACCUCAACUCCAACCGUCUGGUGGCCAUCGACAGUCGCUGGUUCGAGUCCCUGCCGUCCCUGGAGAUCCUGAUGAUCGGUGAGAACCCCAUCCUGGGUCUGGAGGAGAAGAACUUCCUGCCCUUAUCCCGCCUCCACAGCUUGGUCCUGGCUGGGAUGGGUCUGGCCUCCGUCCCGUCCGCCGCCUUCCUGGGCCUCGACUACCUGGAGAGUCUUUCCUUCUAUGACAACCGGCUCAGAUCCGUUCCUCGGGACGCUCUGAGCGUGCUCCCAAACCUGAAGUUCCUGGAUUUGAACAGGAAUCCGAUCAGCCGAAUCCAGCAGGGAGAUUUCCAGAACCUUCAGCACCUGGAGGAGCUCAGUCUGAACAACAUGGAAGAGCUGCUGAUGGUGGAGCGAGCAGCUUUCCAGAACCUUCCAGAAAUCGCCAAACUGGAGCUCUGCAACAACCCUCGACUGUCGUACAUCGACCCGCAGGCCUUCAGCGACCUGUCCUCCCUCAGGACCCUCCUCCUGCACAACAACCAGCUGAGCCUCCUGUCCGGGGACCUGCUGUCGUCCCUGUCCUCCCUGGAGGAGGUGUCUCUGCACUCCAACCCGCUGCGCUGCGACUGCCUCUCCUCCUGGGGGCCUCACCUGGGCAACCAGUCGCACCUGAAGCUGCUGGAGGCCUCCGUCACCCUCUGCUCCUCCCCGCCGCACCUGAUUGGACGGGAGCUGCAGGAGGUGGUGGCGGUCGCCUGGGGAGGGGGCGGGGCCAACAGCUGCCUGCCCCACAUCUCCCCCCACGCCUUCCCCCCCGCCAUGAACGUCAGCGCCGGGCAGCCAAUCACGCUGGAGUGCUGGGCAGACGCCGACCCUGCCCCCCAGUUCUAUUGGGUGACGCCGAAUGGAGACAAGGUGAGCUCCGAGGCGAUGGCUGCACCAAUCAUAUCAGAGGAGGGGCGUGGCCUGAGCCGCAGGAAGAAGAAGCACCGAGUGUCCGAACCUGGAGCUCUGGUGAUCGAACACGCCGAGCCGUCGGACGCAGGUGUGUACACCUGCGUGGCCUGGAACAUCGAAGGAGCCGACACCAAGAGCAUCUCCGUGUCCGUGGACUCUGAGGGGGGCGGCUGGAGGGGCGACGAGCCCAGCAGAGACCUGACCUGGCUGGGCAACUCGUCCAGCAGCGCCACAGCCUCCCUGGUGGUUCUCGCCAAGGUGGUUCACGCCCAGUCGGUGGUUCUGGAGUGGAAGUUGUAUCCCAGCAGAGGAGCUUCGUCUGCGGGUCAGAACCAGCAGGACGUCCCCCUCCCGCUGCCCCGGUGGACCAGCGCCACGGUCCACAUCGACAACCCUCAGAUCAGCUACACAGCCAAGGUUCCUGUCGAUGUUCAGGAGUACAACCUGACUCACCUGCUUCCCGCCACACAGUACCACGUCUGCCUCACCGUCUCCUCCUCCCCCUCUUCCCCUUCUGGCUCCGCCCCCUCACCCAUGCCCCCCUCCUCCUCCCCCCUCCCCCUGGCGCCCGUCCACACUUCCUGUCUGAACGUCACCACCAAGGACUCGGGCUUCUUGGUGGAGCUGGUGGCGUCGCGGCGCAGCAGCGUGGCGCUGGCGGCCGUCAUGGGCUCCAUGUUCGCCCUGUCCAUCAUGGCGCUGCUGGUCGUCUACAUGGGCCGCCGAGUGCAGCAGCACAAGUCCUGCGGACACUCGCUGAAGAAGUACAUGCAGCACGCCACGUCCAUCCCGCUGAACGAGCUGUACCCGCCGCUCAUCACGCUGUGGGAGAGCGAGGCCGAGAAGGACAAGGACAACCAGGAGGACGAGCAGGAGGGCGGCGACAGAGGGGCGGAGCCUGGAGGGAGCCAGAUCGACACCACCAAGACCUACAUGUGGUAGCCGAGGGUCAUGUGACUCAGCCUGGCAGACGAGCCGAGGGGUGGAAACAUCCCAACAUGGCCUCUGAGAGGAAGGAGGGGACGGAUCGACUGAAGGACCAAUCAGCUGCUUCCUUCUUGUUUCAGCCCGUUAAUUACAAACAUCUGAUCGAUCUCCAGCAGUCAAACUCUGCUGCUGCCGUCGAAGUCCGUCUGUUCAGACAGUUAUUCUCGUGUAAUUUUAGAGUUUCACUUUUGGAUUUAUUUACCUUUAUUUCAAAACCCCAGAAACACGAAACAACCGUAAACUAAAUGUGUCUCGACUCUUUGACAUACACUCGUUUU